GUAGCAGAAUGAACGGUUUCGCCGACCAUGGCCUCGACGACGAUGCGUUUGGAGCUUCGAAAGGCGGAUUGUCGAGCUUUGAUGCUUUUCGUAAGUAAUACCUUUCUCACUUCAAGGGUCAAGUUUUCCCGAGGCCAAUUGUGUUGCACGAGGGCAGCCAUAUCGCAAUUCUCAAAGGCUGUGGAAGCUUGCGCGUCCUCUCUCCACCGCCGCUGACCCUCGCUCUCCAGCCAAAACUAAAAAGACAUACCUCACCCGCGGCCGCGACUCCUCCUCCUGGACCGUCGUCCUCAUCCUAACAUGCAUCUACCUGUCCUGGUCCGAAAUCGUGCGCUGGUUCACCGGCACCACGACGCAAACCUUCUCAGUCGAAAAGGGCAUCUCGCACGACAUGCAAAUCAACAUCGACAUCGUGGUCGCGAUGCGCUGCAGCGACCUGCACAUUAAUAUGCAAGACGCCGCGGGCGACCGGACCCUAGCUGGCGAAAUGCUCAGGAAGGAUCCGACGAGCUGGAGCCAGUGGGGUAAGGGCAAGGAGAUUCAUACGUUGGGGGUUGGGGAUGAUGGAUUGCCCGGUUGGGAGGAGCUCUGGGAUGUGCAUGAUCAGCUCGGUGCGGCGAGGAAGAAGAAGAAGUUCCCGAAGACGCCGAAGGUCAAGGGUGCGCCGGACAGCUGUCGCAUUUUUGGGAGUUUGGAUGGAAAUAAGGUGCAGGGGGAUUUCCAUAUUACGGCGCGCGGGCACGGGUAUAUGGAGUUUGGGGAGCAUUUGGAUCACUCGGCAUUCAACUUCUCCCACCAAAUCACCGAACUCUCCUUCGGCCCCUACUAUCCCAGCCUAACUAACCCCCUCGACAAUACCAUCACCACAACGCCCUCCCACUUCUACAAAUACCAAUACUACCUCUCUAUCGUACCCACCAUCUACACUGACGACGCCAGCCUCCUCCCGCUCCUCGAAUCCGUAAACCGCGACCCCACGCGGCACCCCGCGAAAUCCGUCUUCUAUAGUCCACACGCCAUCAAAACAAAUCAAUACGCCGUAACAUCACAAUCCCACGAAAUACCUGAGAACCACGUCCCGGGCAUCUUUGUCAAGUUUGACAUCGAGCCCAUUAUGCUGACGGUCGCGGAGGAAUGGGGUGGUUUCUUUCCCCUGGUUAUCAGGCUGGUGAAUGUCAUUAGUGGGGUUAUGGUAGCUGGUGGGUGGGUGUGGCAGAUGUUUGAUUGGGGGAUGGAGGUUUGGGGGAAGAAGGGACGGAGUAGGGGCGGCAGUAUGGGGGUGUUGGGGUCUUUUGGCGGGAAGGAGAAGAUGAGUUACGAUUAGAUGAUUGGGGAGGAAGCAUGGAAUGGCGUUUUUUUUGGGCCGGAUAUGGGUUGGGAUAUAAAUGAUUUCAUUUUCUUAUUCUCGUGUGAAUAUACAUCCAUGAAGCACUUCAGCGCAUUUGAUACUGCUAUCGAGUGAUCCAUGAGAUGCUAGGCAGAGUGUGAAGUUGGAAGAAGAUGCUUGGUUAUAGAACCGUCAGGCGAAAUGCUCAAAGAAUAUACAUGAAGGAAAAG